UCUACUGAAAAAUCUAUGCCUUCUCUUAACUCUGUCUAUAAUGUUGUAGAUUUUUUUUUAUUUCAAAGCAAAGUCACACAGCUGGAGAUCGUUAUAUAUAACUUGACCAGGUGUCAUUUUCCUCGUCUAUUUUUACUUAGUUACAAUCUCUCUACAUACUUGCUCCUGCCAGUGAUGGUAUCUAUAUGUGUUUAUGCUAUUUUUUUCCUCUGCCUUCUCUAUACUGACAAAUUAUCUUUUCCUUACACAUUUAAACUGCUUUUAUUGCCGAUUUUUCUCCAUUCUUUACAUGGCGUUUUUGCUAUAAAUAGCGGCACGCGACUUUUAAUACAGGCGGGAGAUAAUUCUUAAACUGAACCAAAUUCUUACUGAAUAAAAAAACAUGAAAAUACCCAAAAAUCAAAAUAAAAAACACCGGGGCGGGGCAUUUCGAGAGGGACUGGUGGGAUGAGAAUCUAAAGAUUAAUUUUAUCUGGCCUAAUCUGAAAAACUAAUUAACCCACAUCCUAACUAACAGUAUAUCCCUAACGUUUAUUCCCACCCUAACUAACCUUUAUCCCAAUCCCAACUAACCUUUAUCCCAAUCCCAACUAACCUUUAUCCCAAUCCCAACUAACCUUUAUCCCAAUCCCAACUAACCUUUAUCCCAAUCCCAACUAACCUUUAUCCCAAUCCCAACUAACCUUUAUCCCAAUCCCAACUUACCUUUAUCCCAAUCCCAACUAACAUUUAUCCCAAUCCCAACUAACCUUAAUCUAAAUCCCAACCCUUACCCUGACCCCAAAUCCUAAGUAUAAUUAUAAACCCAACCUAACCCUUCUCCCAAAUCCCAAACACUAAGCAAAACCAUAACUAUAACCUUAAACUCUAAUUAAUCUAAACCAAAAUUACUCAAUUCCCAGCAGUGACCUAAUUUUAACCCUAUAGUCCGAAUAUUUAUAUGUAUUUCUUAACCUAUGUUUCCAGCAACCACUGUUACCUGACUUAAAUACAUAAGAGUUGAUUAACCAAUGUAACCAAUGUGGUUGCAAUUGGAAAGGGGUAAAAGUCGUAACUAAAUCAUAUGUUAAAUUGACUAAUUUUAUCAGAAUGGCAAAACUUGGGCAGAAAAUUGUGAGGGCUUUUGAAAAUGAAGAACACUGUGAUGUACGUAUCACACUAGCUGAUGGAACUAUCAUGUGUGCACAUUCAUUAGUGUUGGUCAUUGGUUGUCAAUACUUUCAUACCCGAUUAAAUGGAAAUUGGAACAGUGGAAAAGGGAACCAUGAAGUAAAUUGCAGUGAUUUUUCUGCAGGCCUUACACGGUCGAUGAUUAAGUUUCUUUACCAAACAGAUAUUGAUCUGUCAAUAGAAAAUGUACAGGACAUUCUACAAAUUGCAGAUUUCUACAUCGUUCCUGAUUUAAGAAAGAAGUGUGAAGAGUUUUUGCUCUCUUCAAUAUCAUGUGAAAAUGUUUUUUCCAUCCUGAAUAUGGCUUUUACAUUUAGCAUAGAAAAUGUUUUGUCAUCUGCAUUGUCAUUUAUUGACAAUUAUUUAGAAAACAUUAUGUCUAUCAGAGAAAAUGCAGACUUGUUUUGUACAUUUCAUAAAGAUCUGUUAAUUCUUUUAAUCAAAAGAGACUCACUGUGCAUUCAUGAAGAAAAACUCUUCAAAUUUGUUGUUAUGUGGAUGAAUUCUGAAAAUAGAGCUGAACCUGUUUGUUGGAAUACACUUGUUCCUCACAUUAGAUUUGGAAGAAUGUCUAUUGAUUUUUUCAUAGAAAAUAUUGUUUACAAAAAUGUUAUAGAAAGUGAUUAUGCUUUGAAAAUCAUGUUAUAUAUGUCCUCUUUAUCUACACAGAAAGAUGUGAUUGAUCACAAUACAUAUCGUCCAAGAAAGUGUAUUUCUUUAAAUGAUCGUGUAGUGAACAGGUUUUUUUUCCAUAGUCCGAAUAGUACAUGGGAAUAUGAUGCCAUUUAUGGUGACCGACUAGCUUUUUCUGUAAACUCAGAUGUUAGAUUAUCAGGAGUUAUUCUCUUUGGUGCCAAAAACUGUUCAUUGUGUGUUGAAAUUACCCUUUUUUCUGAAGACUGUAUUGUUAAAUUAAAAAUACGAGAGGAACUUGGAGAUGUUUUUGAUUUUCCUGUAAUUUUUCCAAAUGCUGUCGAGAUAAAAAAAGAAAAAAAUUAUACCAUUGUUGCAAAUGUUAGUGGAAGUAAUGUCUUUUUUGGGUUGGAUGGUGUAGAGUGUGUAAAAACAAUGAUUGACAGUAAUACAAAGGCUGAAGUUAAGUUUUUUGACAGUGUUGGUAGCAAAACAAAUACAAGAAGAGGUCAAAUUAAAGGUUUAAUUUUGUGCUAAAUUUAAAUUUUUGCUGACAGACAUUUUACACGUUUAAAGUUAUUAAACUUUAUAAAUUGUUUGGAAAAUAGCUUUCAAUUUGAAUUCCUUGGAUUAACUUAAAUCUUCUAUUAAUAACGAAGUUAAUUUGUUAAACAUUAUUAUUUUAUGCAUAUAUUUUCAAAUUGAAUAUGGUAGUUUUGUAUUUGCUCAACCAAUUGCAAUGCAUUUAUUGAUUUAAAUGCAUCAAAUAUAUCAUUUGUCAUAGCUAUGGUUACAUUGUUUUAAUAUCAUUGGUCUAAUAGACAAGCAUUUUACUGCAUAUGUGAUUAGAUUUUAUAUAGUCAUAACAGAAUACAGAUAUUGUGUGUGACUCAUAAAAAACAAAUAUAUCAUGUAUAUGAAAUACUAUUAGAGCUUGAAAUGUAUUCAGUUUGUCAGAGGUUAUGUACUUGUACUGCAUAAAAGAUAAUAAAUGUAAAACUCUUACAUGUAUUUUAUUUCAUAAGUCCCUUUUUUUGGUGAAACUGGAUGGGAUUCGAUUUAUAUACAAAUCGGGUUUGUUCUUUCGUAGAAUUUUCUCAAAAUCUAUUCAUAGCUCAACGUUAAUGGUAAAAGUUAUUUGAAUAUGGAACUGCAGAGCCAAAUUAAAUGUAAGCAAAAAAGAAUGAUACUAUGAAACGAUGAUGUGUUUAAAAAGUGAAUGAAUUACAUUAUUAUGACAAACAUUGAUUAAGAAAAUAGAUUAGAUUUAACUAUAAGAGUUUUUUUAGAAAGCUGCUUAGGUAUUGAGAGAUAAUAUUCACAAUUGGCACACAGUAUUGUAAUAUUGAAUUGGGCUAAUAUCCAAGCAGUGUUUUAUAAAAGAACAAACAAGUUCUGAUCAAAUUUAUAAUGAUUAUAUUUGAGGUAUGUCAUUAAACGCACCCUUGGUGUUCUGCCAUUUUGCCUUAUUUGAUGUAUGUAGUAUUACAUGAGUUUUAAGAAUUCUUUGAUCAAUAAAGUUUUGAUAAAAUAGCAUGUGUAAAACUACUACUCACAAAAAGUCAAGCAACUAUCUCAGAAGGUAUGUUUUUAAGGGAGAAAUAACUUGUAAUAGAUGGUUUUGUUGCAAUACCUUCAAUUACAAGUAAUUUUUUCCUUUAAAAAGAAUAAAAAUGAGUUUGUUGCUUGACUUUUUGUGAGGGGUAUAGGUUACAUUUUCAGGGUUUAAUUUGGUAUGUGCACCAUAAAUGAGGACACAGAAUUAUGG